UUUUUUUUUUUAUGGAUAAAAAGUCCAUUUUGCUCGAUAAAUUGCCUCUCCUUCCACCUUUCCCUUUUUUUUCGUAGAAAUGUUUAAGUCGGACAAUCUAUCGACUCCGAGUAGUGCUCGUUCAAUUCAUUUAGAAGACACAGAUGAUGAAGAGAUCCAUCCUCCUAAUGCCUUUGCAGAAACUCAAAUGUUGUUGAGUGUCGAAGACCAAAUUCCACGCUAUCUGACUUCCUCGCCCUUACCAUCAGCGAGAUUAAGUGACGAAGCACCCAAAGAUUUAUGGAGCACUUUAAAAAUUCGAUCAAAGUAUUACCUUCCUAUCCUUCAAUGGUUACCUCUUUAUAACCGACACUUAUUUCUGGGAGAUUGUCUCGCAGGUAUCACAUUGGCUUGUUUGUUAAUUCCACAAGGUUUGUCUUAUGCAACUGCGCUCUGUAAGUUGGAUGCAAUUCACGGUUUAUACGGUAUUGCAUUCCCUGCUAUAUCCUAUGCUUUUUUUGGCAUGUCAAGACAAAUGUCUGUGGGACCUGAAGCAACUUUAGCUCUUUUAAUCGGUUCCUCUAUUGCACAACAACAACAUAUCAAGUCAGAUGAUUAUGAAAUUGACCCACUGGCCUGGUCAUGCCUCAUGACACUCUUUGUGGGUCUCUUUACAUUCUUGCUUGGUAUAUUCAGACUUGGUUUCUUGGAUAGUCUCAUGAGUAGAGCUCUUUUACGUGGUUUCAUCAGUGGUGUAGCACUUGUUGUUAUGGUCCAGCAAGGUAUUACAUUAUUAGGUUUGGUAGAAAGAAGUCAAAGUUGGGGCAUCUCAGAAGCAUCUACUACGGUAGAAAGACUUUAUUUUUUGGUAAAGAAUAUCAAGUAUGCACAUGGAUUAUCAACUGCCAUCUCGGCUGUAGCUGUAACUAUUUUAUUCAACAUGCGUAUUAUCAAAUCGAAAUACGGUCAAACCAAGAAAUGGUUCCAACUCUUCCCUGAUGUCUUGGUGGUCGUCGUUGCUGCCAUCUUAUUAACAUAUCAUUUCGAUUGGGAACAUCAAGGCCUGGCUAUUUUGGGUAAGAUUGAAAGUGCUGGUAUACCACUUCCUUCUAUCCCUUCUUUCCCACCCAGUAAGCAUAUGAAGGAUUUAUUGGUCUCUUCCGCCAUGAUUUCAGUGAUUGGAUUUGUUGAAUCAAUUGUCAUUGCAAAGAUUUAUUCCAGUAAACACAAUUAUUCCGUCAGUGCUAACAGAGAGUUGGUCGCUUUGGGUGUAGCCAAUGUAUGUAGUGGAUUAUUUCAAGGAAUUCCCGCCUUUGGAUCGGUGUCUCGUAGUAAAAUCAAUGACAAGGCCGGUGCCCGUACUCAAAUGGCCUGUCUUGUGACUGGUGCUAUUGCUUUAAUGGCCAUCUUGUUCUUGUUACCUUACUUCUACUACUUGCCUAAGGCAGUAUUAUCAUCCAUCAUUUUCGUAGCUGUAUUAUCUCUUCUUUCAGAACUUCCAGAAGAUUUACAUUUUAUUUUCAAAAUUGGUGCUUGGAGAGAUUUGGGUUUAUUGCUGGUUACGUUUUUUGCCACGAUCAUCAUCUCACUUGAAUUUGGUACUCUUUUAGCAGUAACAUUGUCACUUCUCUUAACAAUUCGUGAGACAAGUUAUCCCCGGAUUUCAAUCAUGGGUAGAGUAAAGGGAUCAGUGAAUAAAUUUAAGCCUAUUCAAGAUGAUCCAACCGAAAUCGAGCAUUUACAAGAUGUGCUCAUUGUUCGUAUUGAAGAAGCGUUAUUCUUUGCAAACACAGGUCAAUUAAAAGACCGAUUAAGAAGAUUAGAAAUGUUUGGUGAUAUGUCUAUUCACCCUUCAGAGAGCCCUCGCCGAAGCGAGUCAUUGUAUACCAUUUUUGAUGUUAGCAGUAUGCCAUCGAUUGAUGCCAGCGCCAUUCAAAUUUUCUACGAAAUCGUAGAAACAUACAAAGCGAGAUCAGUCGAGGUCUACUUUGUAAGACUUCGAGAGCAACCAUUUGGCAUGUUCAAAAAGUCUGGUUUAUUGUAUUUAGUAGGUCAAGAUCAUGUAUUUAGAAAGGUCUCCGAAGCUAUCGAGGUCAUUGAGCUUGAUAUUUCCAAGCGAGGAUCAACCACCGCCUAAAAUAUCAAAAAAAUAAAAUGUAAACAGGCGGAGUUUUUAAUGACUCUUACAAUGAGCCAUCUUUUUCCAUCUCCUAAAAUUUUGGUGUGAACGACCACUUUGUUCAAAAAUGAUUGGAUUAUCCAAAACAUUUCAUCCAUCUUUUAAUCUAUUUCUAAAUUUAAAUCGCCGUCUAAUCUGGAGAGGCAAGCCACUAUAUUAAAGCGAGCU